AUGCCUUGCUCCGGUGCAAGUAUCCUCCUCGCUGGGGUGCUUUUGUGUUUUCCUGCUUGUCUUGCAGAGCCCUUGCGGCCUUGCGCAGCUGCUGCUGGGCACAGAGGAUUGAUAAGGACUGCAGGGAAGUCGCCCGACCAGUUCGUGGAAGCUGUCGCAUGUGCUCGUGGGCAUGUCGAAGUGCCUUCGCGGUCCAGCACCGCAGGGCAUGCUGAUGGCAUGUCGAAGCCGCGGUAUCCAGUCAUCCGGCCACCACAACCUCCAAGUCUGCAUCUCGCUGACCGAAGCGACCCGUAUGCGAGCUCCACGACAUCCUCCAAUUCUUCCAAGCAACAUCACACUGCCUCGGCCCGUGCUGUGCCGGCUCGUGGCCGACGUGGCGUGUGGCUAGAUUCAAAUGAUGAGCACCACGGUUACAAGGCAGAUGUCAAGGCUGCGCCGUUGGAUCCUCUGCAUUCCCCCCGAGGACUUGCGACAAGGGUCUUCCCUGCGUGGAACCACCGCGGAACACGGCUGGAAGAACUUGAGGCAGCCUACGGUUUUCUUUCCCUGCACAGACCUGGCAAGGUUUACCGCAUCAACUCACCUGACAGGUCCUAUUGGAGUGAGCCGAUCAGUCACCACUCAUUAAACCAAGUAUCAGCCAUCACUCGUUCCCCAGAAGAGCAAGGGCAUGGAACAGGAACCCGGGCACGAAGCCAACCACUCGGAGCACUCCCUGGUCCAUCCGAGGGUCUCGACGGUGUGCGGCUACUGGACCAGCCGGACUCCAUAUUUCCUGCACCAAACCUAGCGUCCAUAUGUCUGCGUAUCCACGCACCAGCUGAAUGA